UUGUCAUGCGGCGAUUGGUUAGCAGUAGCUCCGGCGUUUAAAUAACACUAUCACAGUGAUGUAGGAACAAACGGGCCGCAUAAUGCAUCUGUUGAAGGCUAUCCGCAUCUACUUAGAUUUCGUUUUAUUGUUUUUCAUUUUUGCGAAAUGCCAGGGUCGAGACCCAGACACGAGUUAUGUUACAUGUGGAUCCUUAGUAAAAUUGCUGAAUACAAGGCACAACGUUAGGCUACACUCGCAUGAUGUUAAAUACGGCUCAGGUAGUGGUCAGCAGUCAGUUACAGGUGUGGAUGCCGCAGAUGAUGCAAACAGUUACUGGCGUAUCCGUGGGAAACCAAAUGAGACAUGCCAGCGAGGUUUACCCGUAAAGUGUGGGCAGGCUGUCCGUUUCACACACAUGAAAACAGGACGCAACCUUCACACUCACCAUUUCAGCUCUCCCCUGUCCAAUAACCAGGAGGUGAGUGCGUUUGGAGAGAACGGAGAGGGUGACGAUUUGGAUGUCUGGAUGGUCCAGUGUAGCGGCACGUAUUGGGAGCGGGAUGACACGGUCCGGUUCAAGCAUGCUGGCACCAGCGUCUUCCUCAGCGUGACAGGAGAGCAGUAUGGUCAUCCAAUCCGAGGCCAGCGAGAGGUCCAUGGAAUGCCCUCGCCAAAUCAGAACAAUUACUGGAAAGUGAUGGAGGGAGUUUUCAUCCAACCCAGCAACGAUCCUCUGCACCAUGACGAGCUCUAAAGUCCCGGAGAGCAAUGUGCUCCCUGCCAAUCAAGACUGUGCUGCAAUAUUCUGUUCUGCAAACUUAGUCAUUCAAACUGUUAGGUGACCAUCCAGCUUUUUUUCCAUUUUCCCCUGAUGUUAUUUGUUCAGUUUUUCUGCCUGCCAUAUGUGUUUUAUUAAAAUCACAUACACAGAAUAAAUUAUAGAUAAAAAUGUAUAUCUCUGUAUUGUACUGAAUGAUAUUAGAUUGUGUUCCUUGUUAAAUACAAUGUAUCCCCAUAUUUGCUGAUGACCUAGAAGUUUAAUAUUUAGAAAUAGUGGUGGUUUAUUUAACUGUGUUAUGGCAGAGGAAUGACUAGCUAUUUGAAGGGGUAGAGGGAAGAAUUGUACUGUAACAAAAUACAUUUUUCAUAAUAUAAAAAUAAAGCAUUGGACAUUACAUCAGAGGAAGGUUUGUUUAUCUGUUAAAUAAAGUUUUGUUACUUUG